AUGGCCGGGGUGGCAUGGAUAGUGGCUUCUUCUGUCGAGCUGCUUCUAUUUCUUCUCAUCCUCUGGAAGACUAUACAGCUGAAGAAGUUCAGAAUCCCAACAUGCAACCCACAGUCAAAGGGCCACCUUGCAAAUACGCAGGACAUCACAACGUUAAUGGCGAGAGACUCCAUUAUGUACUUUGCCAUAAUAUUCUCUGUUUGUCUUCUCGGUGCCAUUAUAAGUUUUAUUCGUGAACGUGGUUUGACAGAUAGCAAAAUUUCGAUAUUCCUAUUCUAUAAUCAAAACGCGUACUUUACUAUUGCAGUAACAGUCAUGACGAUUCUCGCUCCAAAAAUGCUCAUCAAUAUUCGUGCGGAAUAUUAUGGCUCAGCCGGGAUAACCGCAACAGAGCUUUCUUGGGACGUCCAGAAUGCGGAACGUUCUGGUCUGCGGAUCUCCGCCGAUGUUGUGGAAUGA